UCUGAGAUCUCAGGAAUUUCCAAGUUAUUGUCAGGGCUUCCAGCGCAGCCUUCUUUGACAGACAAAGGCUCAAAAAACAGAUGGAAAAGUUUCGGUAACUUAUUGACGUCUCCCUCUGGAACCAGGGACCUAAAAGGCCUACCUAUUAUGUGGCAAAAUUAAGGAGAGGGACACUGAUCACACCGUGAUUAAAUGGCAUCAGAAAUCACCUAUGCGGAGGUAAAGUUCAAGAAUGCAUCACCAGCUGCAGUGGUCAAAGUACCUCCUGAGACAAAGAUGUGUGAGCACCAUCCUCAGAAAUACCCACCUUGGCUCCCAUGGCUGAUCUCAUUGCUGCUCCUCUUGGUGUGCAUUGGCCUUGCUAUUGCUCUUUGUGUUGUUCCCUUCUCCCAUAGCCGUGAUCAGCCCACAGCCUUGCAGCAGAAAUUCAGGGAGUGGCGAUGCAGCUCAACAAUGGCACAAAGCAAAGAGCAAGGCUGGACGUGCUGCCCGAAGGACUGGAAACUCUUUCAGGGAAGCUGCUAUUACCUGUCCACUGAUGCAUUGUCCUGGGUCGAGAGUGGGCAGAACUGCACUGGGAUGGGCUCCCACCUGGUGGUGAUCAACAGCAAAGCAGAGCAGGAGUUCCUCUCCAGUUUGGCAAAAGGAGUAUUUACUGAGGCCUAUGAAAGCAAGUACUAUAUAGGCUUAUCUACUCAAGAAAAUGGGCAAUGGCAGUGGGUGGACCAGACUCCAUACAAGAAGGCAGACACGUUCUGGAAACCUGGAGAACCCAAUUUACUCUUUUUUGAAAAAUGUGCUGCAAUUCAUGUCAAGGGAAGCACAGACUCCAGCACUUACUGUAACUGGAAUAACAUUCUCUGCUUCACAAGUUGUUAUCGCAUUUGUGAGCUGACAGCCAAACUUAUCUAAGGAUGGAAAACCCACUUGGAAUGAAGGACCAGAAGGAGUAUCCUACAGAAUGGACAGCUCAUCGCAGAGCUGAUGCACACCUGGCCUGAAUUCACAUAAACUCUUUGUCUUGUAAUUCAGGAUUAGCAGGCCUGCCAGAGAAUCCCAGUUCUGAAGCAGCUCGGUUCCCAGUCUAUGCCCUUGUAUCUCCUUCCGUGCUGGGUAUCAGUCCUGGAUAAAAUGGUUCAGGCUGAUGUCAAGGGCCUGUAGUGCCCCUUUGCACCCUCCUCCAUCAUGGAGGGGUGCCCUGACCAUCCAGGUCUUCCCCUGAUUCCUAGUUGGCAUCCCAAUGAUGUGUAAAUGGCCCUGUUUCCUGAAAGCACAGGGGUCCUACAAACCACUUGGAGCAGGACUUGGAAAGAAAAGCAUGAAAUGGAGUGUACUUGCCCAGCCCUUGAGGGGAAUAAAGAAUCAUGGCUUAUC